AUGGAGCCUCCUUCUAAGAAGAUGCGCAAGGUCAUGGAGCUUGACAGUGAUAGCGACUCCGGCGAUGAUGCCGGUGGAGUUCUCCUCAGCAAGCAGUCACCCGAUACUGGGUUCAAGAUCAACGAAGACUACGCUCGUCGAUUCGAACAUAACAAGAAGAGAGAAGAGGUCGCAAGGUUGGAAGCGAAGUACGGUAAAUCUUCCAGCCUUGGAAACCGCCAAGUUGGUGAAGACUCCGACGAGUCCACCGAUGAAGAAGAGGAUGAUGAUGCAGAGCUUGCAACUCUGGCUCUGGAUGCCGAGAUCUCUGCAACUCUGAAUGCCAUUCGUUCCAAGGAUCCUCGCGUGUAUGACAAAGAUGCCACCUUCUACUCAAAGUUCGACCCCGAGGAAGCCACUGCGGCCAAGCAACCCAAGGAAAAGUCUAUGAAUCUGCGUCAAUACCACACUGAGAAUCUUUUGAAGGGUGUGGACCCAGCCGAGGAGGAAAAUGUCCCAAAGUCCUAUGCCCAAGAGCAAGCCGAUUUGAAAAACGACAUCGUUAAACAAAUGCACAAAGCAGCCGAUAACUCCGAUGAAGAGAUGGAAGAUGCAGAUGAUUUCAUGGUCCGCAAGCCCGGACAGGAUGUUUCGCUGCCCAAGGAAGAAAUCAAACUCGAUGUGGAGAAUGCAGACAAGGAUCCCGAGACCUUCUUGUCCAACUUCCUAUCGUCACGAGCGUGGCUUCCUACCGACAAGCCCAACCUCCAGCCCUUCGACUCGGAUGAUGAUGAGGACUUUGACCGAGCGGAUGUAUUUGAGGAGGCUUACAACUUCCGUUUCGAAGACCCCAACAAGAUGAACGAGGCGCUGGUCACUCACUCUCGUGACCUUACCAACAAGCAAUCUGUCCGUCGCGAUGAAAAGAGCUCUCGCAAGAAGAUCCGUGAUGCGGAGCGUCAGCAGAAAGAGGAGGAAAAGAAGCAGCGCGAGACUGAAAAGAACCGUCUCCGCAAGCUAAAGACCGAGGAACUCCAGAAGAAGGUCGAACAGAUCAAGGAAGUUGCCGGACUCCGGGCCUCCAACUUCACAGAUGAAGAUUGGUCUCGCUUCUUGGACGCUUCCUGGGACGAUUCGAACUGGGAGGCUGAGAUGCAAAAGCGAUUCGGUGAAGAAUACUACGAAGAAGCCGAGGGCAGUGAUGGUGACGGCAAGAAGAAGAAGCCCAAGAAGCCUACCUGGGACGAUGACAUCGAUAUCAACGACCUGAUCCCUGACUACGAGGAUGAGGAAGCCCAGCCCCUAGCCGAGCAAUCAGAAGGCGAGGACGAAGACGACGAAGCCUCCGGCUCCAAGAAACUGAGUAAGGCCGAGGAAAAGCGCAUCCAAAAGCGCGAAGCCCGUAAAGACCGCCUCCGCAUCGAUGAGGCCGUCGAGCGCAACCUCGACCUCGACAUCACUCUGCUCCCCGGAGCGACAAAGAAGAACGCGACCAAGUUCCGCUACCGCGAGACCUCACCACAGAGCUUUGGCCUGACGGCGCGGGAUAUCCUCAUGGCGGACGACUCACAGCUGAACAAGUUCGCUGGUCUGAAGAAGCUGGCCUCCUUCCGUGAAGAAGAGCAGAAGCAGCGUGAUCAGAGGAAGCUGGGCAAGAAGGCCCGUCUUCGUGAGUGGCGCAAGGAUACUUUCGGUGAUGAGAACGGGCCGGAGUUCAAGUUUGGUGGCGAUGUUCAGCCCCAGCCUGAAAAGACUGAGGCCAAGGUUGAUAUUCGAGAGGGUGAUGGGUCAAGGAAGAAGAGAAAGCGGUCGAAGAAGAACUAA